AUGUUCUCCAGAGCCGCCUGGAGCUUGGUGCUGAGGAACAGAAGACAUGGAACACGGGGGAGCCAUGGUCCAGGAGGCAUUGCCCGCGGUGAGGGGAAGAUGCCUCCCUACACCAACUACUACGCCCAGCGCUCCUACCCCAUGCCGGACGAACCCUUCUGCACGGAGCUCAGCGCUGAGCAGCAGGCCCUGAAGGACAAGGAAAAGGGCAGCUGGACCCAGCUGAGCCAUGCCGAGAAGGUGGCCUUGUACCGGCUCCAGUUCCACGAGACCUUCGCGGAGAUGAACCGCCGCUCCAAUGAGUGGAAGACAGUGGUGGGCUGUGUCUUCUUCUUCUGCGGGUUCACGGCUCUGUUAAUCUGGUGGCAGCAUGUCUAUGUGUUUCCCGAGAAGCCCAUCACGCUGACAGAUGAGUGGAAGGCCCGGCAGCUCCAGCGCAUCCUGGACAUGAAGGGCAACCCGGUGCAAGGCCUGGCCUCCUGCUGGGACUAUGAGAAGAAGCAGUGGAAGAAGUGAUGGUGACCCUGGCUCCCUGCAGCUCAGCCCCAGCUAGGGGCCUCUGGCCACCCCCUCCGCCCCAC